UUCAUGCGCAUGUAUUUGCCCUGAUAUUGACACUCGCUCUCGGCCUCAAUUUCCCAUAAUCCAAGUCGGCCGCAUAUGUCGUCGCUACUCGCUAGCUUCAAGUAUCAUGGUGUUGACCGUGGACUUGUAGGUGGAUGUUUAUGUUGCCUGUAUAAACCGAGAGGAAGCUUCACGUUUGUUUUUGUUCCAGCACAGCAUAGCGAUGUCCCGGUUGUUAAGUCUGUCUGCCGUUAUCUGCUCUCGGUGUAAACACUGCUCUCAAAACAACGGUUUUUUCUACUCCUGGGCCGCGGCUCGUGCAAAGCCGGAGAGUCCUCUUUAUCCGGGGAGAAGAGCGCGGAGCAGGGCGCUGACUCUGCCACAGAGGAAUUUCCGCUUUAAUAAGAGUGCAAAACGACAUCUUUGGGUGCUGGGCCUCGGUGCAGGGCUUCUUUUAACUCUCGGGCUGAAAUCUCACCUGUGUAAUGGUGAGCAGUGUGAGUGUGAGUGUGAGGGGGAGAAAACUGUCAAGUCUCAGAGCAGCUCUAAAUACAAAGCGGCCAUAACAAUCAGCAGAGACCUCCUGCAGCGGAUAAAGGAUGAAGUUGGAGCUCCUGGCAUGGUCAUUGGUGUUUCUGUUGAUGGCGCUCAAGUGUGGGUAGACGGCAUAGGGUAUGCCGAUUUGGAGAACAGGGUGGCGUGUGGCGAGGGCACGGUGAUGAGAAUUGCCAGCAUCAGUAAAUCUCUGACUGCGACUGCUGUUGCUCGAGCGUGGGAAGAUGGCAAGUUGGAUCUGGAUGCUCCCGUACAAAAAUAUGUGCCCGGAUUCCCUGAAAAACAGUUUGAGGAAAAGAAUGUCACGAUAACCCCACGAAUGCUGCUGUCUCACCUGAGUGGUAUCCGUCACUAUGAAAAAGACCCCAAGAAAGUGAGAGAAGAGAAAGCAAAACGUCUCCCGAAGCCUCCAGAGAAAAAACAAGAAACGUGUUGUGGUGAGACGGAAGAAAAAUCCACACAGCAGGAGAACAAAACGAAGAGCAAAGACGCAAAGCCUAGAAAAAAGAAGAAAGAGUUUGAGCAGGAGGAGUACUACCUUAAAGAGAGUUUCGAGGGGGUUAUCCAGGCCUUGGACCUGUUCAAGGAUGAUCCAAUUAUUUUCGAGCCAGGCACUACAUUCCUAUACUCUACUCAUGCGUUCACACUGCUGAGUGCUGUGCUGGAAAGAGCAGCAGGUCAGCGGUUCCUGGACCUCAUGAUGAACAUGUUCCGUGAAUUAGGCAUGCUCAACACUGUGCCUGACGAGAACGACCCCAUUAUCUACAACCGAUCCAGGUAUUACCACUGCAAUAAAAAGGGACGCAUUGUGAACUGCCCUUAUGUGGACAUCUCUUAUAAAUGGGCUGGAGGAGGAUUUCUGUCCACAGUUGGUGAUUUGCUGCUUUUUGGUAACGCCAUGCUCUACAGCUAUCAGCUAGCAAACAUGGCUGACACGAGCAACCUCCUGCCAGGCUUUCUCAAACCCCACACAGCUAAAGCUCUGUGGGCUCCUGUGGAUAAAACCGAGGCUUCGUGGGAUAAAGAUGGCCGCUAUGCUCAGGGCUGGCUUGUGGUGGAGAAGCAGCAGAAGUACGGGCAGUGUUGUAUGCGCAGACACUACGUCUCACACACAGGAGGUGCUGUAGGAGCGAGCAGUGUUUUGCUGGUCUUACCCAGUGAGAGUCUGAAGGCUUCAGGACAGAUUGUGACUCCUCCUCAGGGGGUUGUAGUGGCCAUCAUGACAAAUAUGCAGUCUGUAGGACUCAAUACCACUGCACUGAAGAUUGCACAUGAGUUUGAGAGGGCCAGAGACAGUUAAAGUGACAGGAGUGAGUUUUAGGGUAUGAUCAUAUGUCAUGUAUGUGUUUCUUCUUUAUUUUUUUAUGACCGACUUCAAAUCAUAAUGGUGCCCUGUGUAAUUUUUUAUUAGUGUUGACUUAUUCAUGUGAGUGAAUUCUAUACAGUGAAAAUGCCACAUCAAAAUGUUUUUUGUAUUGUGAGACAGAUUUUAAUCUCUUUUAUAUAAAUUCUAUGGUCUAUUGUAUGAAUAAAUAAUUGCAGAAUGUUUUCGAUUUUGUACUUUGCAGUUUAAUUAAUAAAAAAAAUUCUUUCUAUGCUA